AUGGGCUCAAAUCCCUUUGCGACGAACGGCCAGCCCUCCUGGCUGCAGAACAUCCUCUCGAAGGUCGGCUUGCCGUCCACAACAUUCGGCCACGACCCGCCACAGGCAGCCGAGGAGCCUCCAGCUGCGGCUGUCCGAGGCCGCAAGUAUGGCGCCGGGAUGUUUCAUUCUGUUGGCCAUGGCGCGGUGAUGGAGUACCAGCAAGAUCAGAGGGAGGGGGGGUUUUCACCGGCUGCAUCAGCGGCAUUGGUUGCGCGGCCUUUUGGAGCUUACCAUGACGCUGAAUCGGCGAGCGAGAGCAUCCAGCAGGUACAGUCAGUACGUGUCGGUCGAUAUGACAUGCGCUUGAUGCACUCACUGUCUGCUUCGUGUCGUCCAUCGUCCAUCUGAUCUGGGUACGUAAUGUGUGUGGGUUUGUUGGGUGGUGUGCAUCAUCGUCCACAGGCGGAGCAGUCCCUCGCCGCGUUUUACCCCCGGGCGACGGCCAACCCGUCGACCACUAUCAUGGAGGAUGGCUCCUCGGCCGGCACAGAGGGGCACCGGGCACUCAUGGAGGGAGGCGGCAGCCCAACCUCGCCCACACAGGUGGGUAGGGUAGGGCCACAGACAGACAGCACACCGCAGACAAUCAAUGGAUGGAUGGAUGGAUGUGUGUGUGUGUAGGUGAAUCCUGAGGUGGCUCGUCGUCGGCUGCUGGCGGACCGGACGGAGCGGACAGAGGCGAUGCGCACCUUAGCUAAGCGCGUCAGCGACACCGCACUGGCGCACUCGUCCGUCAGAGACUCCAUUCACAAGGCCGCCACAAACCUAAAGAAACAGGUUGGUGGGCGGGCGGGCGGGUGAAUGCAGGACUGCACACACCCACACACACACAGGCAGCCAGACAGACAGAUGAUCCGCUCUCUCAUCUGUGUGUGUCCUACAGUUGGACGACAAGACGGUCGAGCUGGAUGCCCUGGAGCGAGAGAAGAAGAUGCUGGUGGUGCGCCACACGGGCACCCUGCAGCAGCUCGAGAACGCCCGGGCGAGACUGCGCGGCGUCGAGGCCACCGCAGAGGCCUCACAGUGGACAAACCUCUUCAAAGAGGUAGGUACCUACCGUAGGCAGACAAGGACCACACCAGGUGAGCCCCCCUUCUCUGUCUGUCUGUCUGUCUCAGAGCACGGCCUCAUCCCACCCAGAUCUGGAGCGGCUGCAGCAGCAGCUGAGCGUCAAGCAGGAGGAGCACCAGCUGCUCACCUCCCAUCUACAGGAGCAGGCCAGGCGCGUCACCCGACUCACCCAGCAGAUAGUCGCCUCACAGGAGUGCGGCGAGCGGCUCUCACGCGUCAUCGAGCUGCAGAACGCCUUUCUCGGCCGGAGGGAGGGGGAGGGGCCCCGGGUGCUCGGCGAGCUGAGAGAGAUGGGGGAGAGGCUCGACCGGGAGCAACAGGCGCUCCAGGCAGAGAUGGACGCUGUGCCGCCUGGUGGGCGUGAGGCGAGAUCUGAUGGGAGGGAGAUUGGGGUGUACAUGGCAUGGUGGGUGAUAUCUGUGUGUACGCGUGUGUGUUGUGUUGUGUGGUCGGUUGCAUUGCAGAUGUGGUGGAGGCGGCCCGGCAUCGCGAGCGUGUGUCGGAGGAUAUGGGCCGGCUGGAGGCCGAGUACGCUGCGCUGUCGGCGCAGCUCACUUCCAUAGAGGAACAGAUCGGCGCACUCAACAGGUCAGUCACAGGACGACAGACAGACACGCGCCCUCCCUCCCUCCCUCCCUCCCUCGCUCAUUUCAUGUCAUGUGUGUGUGUGUGUGUGCGUCUGUCUGCAGGCUGUUGUCGCAGAAGGAGGCGCAGCUGAGCCAGUCGCAAGAGAGCCUCCGCACCGUGCAGGGCAUCUCCGCCGCCCAGGCCAAACAGAUCCACACCCUCAAAGGACAAAUCGACACACACGUAAGUCAAGUACCCCCACAAAUCACAGACCACCCCUCCCUCCCUCCCUCCCUCCAUCCAUCCAUCCACACCGCCUUCCUUCGUGUGCCCUGCCCUGUGUGUGUCUGCAGCUGAUAGACAAGCGCACGUCGGUGUCGGAGGAGGCCUUGCAGGUGGUCCGCAUGGACACCGACAUGCAGACGGCCCUCGAGGCCGUCCCCUCGCGCAUAGGGCGGGACCUGCGCGUGCCAUUCGUGUGUCUGGCGUCGAUGCGCGGCUACAAGUUCGGGAGCAGGACGGUGCAGCUGCGGCUCGCACAGGGCGGCAAGGCUCUCAUGGUGCACUACGGCAAAGGUAUGUGGGAGGGAGGGAGGCCCUGCCCUGGGUGCGAUAAAUGCAUUGUGUGGUGGGCAUGUGUGUCUGCCUUGCAGGUCAUGUGUUGCCAAUCGAGGAGUUCCUCGACAAAUUCGAAGACGAGGAGCUCGCCAAGGAGCGGGACAAGCACAACUUCGCAUCUCUCUCCUCCCCAACAUCAGCACCAGCUAUACCAGUACCAGCAGCAGCAGCAGCGGCACCCGGAGCACCCUCCAUGCCGGGCCUCCCCUCCCUCUCCCCCCCUCUCGCACUGCCGCCCAUCCCCGACGACCAGCCCGCACCGAUGGAGCCCUCCCCAUCGGAUUUCCUCUCCAACGGCACCGCCCUCUCCCUCUCCCUCUCAGCCCACAGGCAACGAGGAGGAGGAGGCUAUGGGUCUGGUGGUGGACACGGUGGACAGGUGCCCCUUGGGUCGGUCACCACACGCAGCACCGACCGAGGUGCCCUGGGCGAAGGCGGCGUCCACGCGUUAUCUCGUGGCGGGCUUCCUCGUGUGAGUGAGCAGGGAGGCGGGAGUGGUGGUGGCGGUGGCGGUGUGGCGGGGUGGACGAAGCUGUUUAAGCCCAAUUGGUCGAGAUGAGAGGGUGUGUGGGCGGUUUUGCUUUGUCGUUCGGUCUUGUGUGAGUAGUGGACAGAGAGGCAUUGGACGAUUGGUUGACAGAUGGAUGGAUCGAUGGAUGGGU